GUUGAUAGAUAGAGGUGCAGGGUAAGGGUGGAGGAGAGAGCAGAGUGUAUGAAAGAGAACGAGGUAGGGAAGGAGGGGAGAGAAAGAGAGGAGAAGAGAGAGAGGAGAGAGGAAAGGAAGGAAGAAAGAGAGCCGUUUGUGUGUUAGAGAGAAGAGGGGAGAGAGAGGGAGGGGAGAGAGAAUAGAAAGACUGUUAUAUCACUGCUAAGCGAUACAGACCAUGGCUGAACAGAGAGAGACGAAAGGAAAGAACGCUUGGUAUAAGGCUGUGAUCAUCAUCACUGUGCUUGGUAUCACAGCGAUAGUUGCCCUGGUGAUAACAGCAGUAUUGCAGAACAAGCCUCUCCUACAGAAGUACAAGUAUGGGAUCGUCCUGGAUGCUGGCUCCUCACAUACAGCAGUGUAUAUCUACGAGUGGCCAGCAGAGAAGGAUAACGACACUGGAAGAGUGCAGCAGACACACUCCUGCAAAGUCCAAGGUGCUGGUAUCUCCAGCUACUCUGUGUUUCCAGGGCAGGCAGGGGCGUCUCUGAAGAGCUGUAUGAAGGAAGCAGAGAACCUCAUCCCCCUAAGCAGGCACCACGAGACCCCCCUCUACCUGGGGGCCACCGCCGGAAUGAGGCUGCUCAGGAUGGAGAACCAGAGUUUGUCUGAUCAGGUGCUUUGGUCGGUAGAGGAGGUGUUGCGGUCCUCUCCGUUCUCCUAUCAGGGCGCUCGCAUCAUCACAGGCCAGGAGGAGGGAGCCUUCGGCUGGGUCACUGUUAACUACCUGAGUGACCGACUGAAACAGGGCUCAGGGACCACCGGAGCUCUUGACCUGGGCGGAGCCUCCACUCAGAUCAGCUUUGUAGCCAAUCAGGAUGUGGCGGAGGAAUCGGCGGAGAACGCUGUGACCUUCCGUCUGUAUGGAAAUGACUACUUCCUCUACACACACAGUUUCCUGUGCUACGGGAAAGACCAAGCGCUCAAACUGGCGCUUGCUCAGCAGACUCAGUCUGGGGACAGCUCAGUGCUGGACCCGUGUUUCCACCCAGGUUAUAGUGUUGAUCGAAGCUACUUUAGCGUGUACUCCAGCCCUUGCGUCAUGGCUGGGAAACCCCUCAUCUCCAGGGACAGUUUCACUCACGUAGGAGCAGGAAACGCAUCAUUGUGCCAGGAAGUAGUCAGAAGAAUCUUCAACUUCAGUAGCUGCAGCUUCAGUCGCUGUUCUUUCAACAGGGUCUACCAGCCACCACUACAGGGGCCGUUUGGGGCAUUCUCAGCGUUCUACUUUGUGAUGAACUUUCUGAACUUGACAUCAGGCUCUCUGGAAAGCAGCAGGGAGAAGCUGGAGCGCUACUGUUCUAGACCCUGGACCCAGAUCAAACAGCAGCACCCUGAUGUGAAGGAGAAGUAUCUGGCAGAGUAUUGUUUCUCUGGGAGCUACAUCCUGUCUCUACUGACUGACGGAUACAACUUCACCUCAGACACAUGGACAGACGUCACGUUCAUCAAGAAGAUUUCAGGUAGUGAUGCAGGUUGGACGUUGGGCUACAUGCUGAAUCUGACCAAUAUGAUUCCAGCCGAGGCUCCAGACACUCCUCCUCUUCCUCACGCCGGCUACGUCACCCUCCUCUUCUUCAUCUCUCUUCUCCUCUUCUUCCUCCUCUUCCUCUGUUUCCGAUUCCUGUGGCCGCGCCGCAACUCCCAGACACAGAUGAUAUAGACACGCUGGACACCAUAAGGACACUGUGUGUGUGUGUUUGUGUUUGUGUGUGUGUGUGUGUGUGUGUGUGUGUGUGUGUGUGUGUGUGUGUGUGUGUGUGUGUGUGUGUGUGUGUGUGUGUGUGUGUGUGUGUGUGUGUGUGAACAUGAUGUUUAUAAAAUGUAUCUCAUGUUGUCAUGCUUCUUAUUCUCCAGUAAAGUUCAGAUGUAUAAAACAAACUGACCUUACUGUCAUUUACUGUUGUCGUGCUUCUUAUUCUCCAGUAAAGUUCAGAUGUAUAAAACAAA